AUGGCGUCCGUGAAGCGCUGGGGCGAGCCCGACCUGCCGCUGACGCAGCUCGGCAACGUGCCGUCGGUCUUCGGCCUGCUGGAGCGGUCGGCGAUCGUCCUCAACACGGACGGCACGGUGGAGCCGAGCCGGGGCUACGUGACCUUCUCGCGCUGGGACUUCCGGCGGAACCGCGCGCGCGAGACGAUCUUCGCGCCGCCGCCGCGCGGCGUGCUCGAGGUCGUCACGAAGAAGCGAUUGCGCGCGCGGCACCGCGACUACGGCUCCGGCGUGAAACAAAACACCAUAAUCGACGACGACUCCGACGACGACGACGGCGGCGAUCGCGACGACGCCGCCGAGGCCGCGCGCGUCGCCGCGGCCGCGGUCGCGCGGCAGAGAGUGGAAAUCGCGCUCGCGCGCGCGCGCGCGCUCGCGCGCGGCGGCGACUACCGCGGCGCGCUGGCCUCGGCGGGCGACGCCGUGGACGGCGCCUUCCGCGGCGCCGCGGCGCUUGAGUGCUUCGGGGGCCGCGCACAGCACAAAGCCCGGGCCUACGAGAGCCUCGCGCGACGCGCCCACGCGGCCGAGAAGCUCCUCAAGCCGCCGGCGGCGCCCGGCGCGCCGCCGCCGCCGCCGCCGGACGACGCGGCGGAGCUCCUGGAUCUCGUCGCCGGCGACCUGGCGCUCAACGCGCUGCUCUACCCGAAGGACGCGAAGGCGACCGCGAAGGCGGCCGCGGCGCGCGACCGCGCGGCCGCGGCGCGCCGGGCCCGGACGGCGGACGACGUCGACGCGGCCGCCGCGCUCGACGCGCGGGACGUGCACGGCAGCUGGCGCGUCGCCAAGGCCCUCGCGAAGCGCGCGGCGCUCGCGAACCUCGCGACGCUCGAGCUCGCGGGCGCGGCGUUCGGACCGACGCUCGCGGCCGCGUUCGCCGAGGGCCUCCGCGGCGCGGCGGCCCUCCUCGUGGUGGACCUGCGCGACACGCGGUGCCGCGACGCGGGGCUCAUCGCGCUCGCGCCGGCCCUGCGGGCGCUCCCGGCGCUCGAGAGCCUCGACGUCGGCGACAACGGCCUCACGGACGCGAGCGCCGCGCCUCUCUCCGGCGCCUGGCCGGGCCUCAUGGCCCUCAAGCUCGCGGGCAACGCCUUCGCCGACGCGGCGCCCGAGCCGGCGUCGCCCUACCUCGAGAUCUUGGACCUCUCGCGCAACGCGCUCGGCGCGGCGCGGUCGCCGGGCGUCAACGCCGUCGCCGCGUGGCUCGCGUCCCCGGGCGCCGCGCCGCUCCGCGCGCUCGACCUCGGGAGCAACGCCCUCACCAUGCGCCACGUCGAGCGCCUCCUCAACGCGGCCCUCAAGGCGCCCGAGCUCCGCACGCUCGACCUCCGCGGCUGCCGGUCGACGCCCGCGCUCGCGACGUCCGUCGCGCGCCGGACGCGCUUCACGCGCCUCGACGUGCUCCUCGGCGACGCGCCCAAGUCGAAGCGGGCGAGCCCCGAGACCCGCGAGAGCCGGGCGUCCGCGGCGCGGAGCAGCCUCGCGGAGGAGGAGGACGACGACGCCGGGAGCGACUUUAGCUGGGGCGACGGCGACGACGACGGCGGCGAGCGCGCGCCGUCGCCGCGGGUCGCGCGGAGCGCGAGCGACCCGGGCCUCGCCGUGCGCCGGCGGAGCUGGCUCAGCGACCCGGAGAACGCGCGGCCGGCGCCCGGCGGCGACCGGCGGCCGUCGCUCCCGCCCGGCGCGGCGCCCAUCUUCGUGAACACGGCCUUCGUCUAG